AUGCCAGCCCAAAAUGUGCACGACGUCCCUCAUGGGUUCGACUAUGAUAAUCAGCCUGUCGCCUCUGGUGAUGGCAAGACCAAAGAAGGUGGCCGACACAGCAUAGGCCAUGGCGCAGAAAACGCCGAAGCUGACGACCUCCUGGCUGUCUUGGGUUAUCAAUCCGAAUUGUCGCGAAACAGAUCUACCUGGCAGGUCGCCUUCAUGUCCUUCGUGCUCGCAUCAGUACCCUACGGUCUUGCGACAACCCUUUAUUAUCCCCUCAUUGGUGGUGGCCCUUCUGCGAUCAUCUGGGGUUGGGUUCUUGUAUGCUGCAUCAUCAUCUGCGUAGCUAUCUCGCUUGGUGAGAUCACUUCAGUAUAUCCUACCGCUGGUGGUGUCUACUACCAGACCUAUAUGCUCUCUCCUCCAAAAUGGCGAAAUAUUACCGCUUGGAUUUGCGGUUGGGCUUAUGUCAUGGGCAACAUCACCAUCACUCUCGCCGUCAACUUCGGUACCACACUUUUCCUCGUCGGAUGUGUCAAUAUCUUCCAGGAUAGCGAAGGCAAUGGUGUAUGGGCUGCGACCAACUGGCAAAUCUGGUUGACUUUCGUUGGUAUCACAUUGCUUUGCAAUGCUACCUCUUCCCUUGGUAACCGGUGGUUGCCGCUGUUAGAUACAUUCGCCAUCUUCUGGACGUUCGCUGGUGUCAUUUGCAUCAUCGUGUGCGCUCUUUCUCUUGCAAAAGGCGGUCGCAACAAGGCCAGUUAUGCAUUCGGCGGGUUUGAAGCAAGUUCGGGAUGGACUCCGGGCUGGUCUUGGUGCAUCGGCUUGCUGCAUGGAGCAUAUGCCACCUCGGCUACUGGCAUGAUUCUUUCCAUGUGCGAAGAAGUGAAAGAGCCUGCAACACAAGUACCGAAAGCCAUGGUUGGAACCAUCGUCUUGAACGCCAUCUGCGGUUUCAUCUUCCUCGUUCCUCUAUGCUUCGUCCUACCUCCAAUUGAGGAUGUCAUCGUUGCAUCUUCUCCAGUUCCCUACAUCCUCAAAAUCGCAAUUGGAAACGAUGGUGGAGCAUUCGCGUUGACUGUACCUCUUCUGGUACUGGCCUUUUUCUGUGGUGUUGGAUGCACAACUGCCGCUUCCCGGUGCACCUGGGCCUUCGCUCGUGAUGGAGCCAUCCCCGGUUCUCGCUACUGGAAGCAAGUCAACACCAAAUUAGAUGUCCCGCUCAACGCAAUGAUGCUGAGCAUGGUUGUUCAAAUCAUUCUCGGUGUUAUCUAUUUUGGUUCAGUUGCUGCCUUCAACGCCUUUAGCGGUGUCGGUGUCAUUUUCCUGACCAUCAGUUAUACCAUGCCCAUCCUAGUUUCACUUAUUGGAGGACGAAAGUCUUUGAAACAAGGUCAUUACGAUUUUGGAAUCUUCGGUGUCAUCUGCAAUGUUGUUGCUAUCUGCUGGUGUCUCUUCAUCACUCCACUUUUCAGUAUGCCAUCCUUCCUACCUACGACACCAGAUACAAUGAACUAUGCUUCCGUGGUCUUCGUAGGUGGUGUGGCCAUUUCAGGAGCGUGGUACCUCGCCUGGGGUCGCAAGAAUUACAAGGGUCCUCCAGCCAAAGAGGAAGAUAUCGCAAGACGAAGGAGCUCUGUGAUUUCGGCCCAUUGA